AAAGAAAGAAACUAGUUUUCUUUCCCCCUCCUCUUUUACCAAAUAAGUUGGUGAAAAAAUUAUUUCCUUCACUUUCUCUAUCUUUCCUAUUUUGUCUACUGUCUCUACCAAACACAGGAUUAAGAAGCAGAGCCCAUAAUUAUAAAUUUCGGAAAUUUUUCCUGAAAUUUUCAAUUAAUACCUUCUCAAUGAGAAACCACACUUUGUGCAGUUUGGACUCCACAAGCUUGGCGCAGAUUAUUCAAACAUGCGCCGAAACGAAGCAGCUAAUCAAAGGCAAAGAGCUCCAUGCCCAGCUUCUUCUUACAUGGUAUCCAGUAUGUACCUUUCUCACCAACCAUCUAAUAAACAUGUAUUCAAAAUGCGGAGUUAUUCACUACGCUCAGAACCUAUUUGAAAAAAUGUCUCAAAGAAACAUUGUUUCCUGGACAGCUAUGAUCACUGGGUUUUCUCAAAACUUGUGGUUUCCAGAAGCAGUAAAAGCCUUUUCCCAUAUGAGAAUCUCCGGUAUGAACCCAACCCAGUUUGCGUUUGCAAGUAUCAGUAAAGUUUGCGUGUCUCUCAGGUCGAUUACACUAGGGAAGCAAAUGCAUUGUCUUGCUUUAAAAUCCGGCCUUGAUUCGAAUCUAUAUGUGGGAAGUAAUUUGGCGGAUAUGUACUCAAAGUGUGGACUGAUGAUUGAUGCCUGCAAGUUCUUUGAGGUUAUUCCGUGUAAAGAUGCUGUGUUGUGGACCGCAAUGGUUGAUGGAUAUGCAAAGAACGGUGAAUCUGAAAAAGCUUUGUUAGCUUUUGAGAGGAUGAUUAAGGAUGGGAUUCUGAUGGAUCCUCAUAUUCUUAGUGUGACAUUAAGUGCUUGUGCAGCUAAUAAAGCUUAUAAGUUUGGAACAAGUCUUCAUUCCAGUGUUGUAAAGUUAGGAUUUGAGUCAAAGGUUGUUGUGGGUAAUGCACUCCUAGAUAUGUACUCUAAAGCUGGAGACAUGGAAAGUGCUUCCAAUGUGUUUGUGAUUGUCUCAAAUCACAAAAAUAUUGUGUCUUUUACAUCCUUGAUUAAUGGGUAUGGCGAAAUGGAUAGAAUUGAUGGUGCUUUAGACGUGUUUGUUGAUUUAAGGAGGCAGGGAAUUGAACCCAAUGAGUACACUUUCUCAAGCUUGAUCAAGGCAUGUGCCAACCAAGCUGCGUUAGAACAAGGAGCCCAGCUUCAGGCCCAAGUUAUCAAGCUUAAUUUUGAUUCUGAACCCUACAUUUCUGCCAGUCUUGUUAAUAUGUACGGGAAAUGUGGGCUGUUUGAUUAUUCAUUUCAAGUAUUCAAUGAGAUCCGAAACCCAACUGAGAUUGCAUGGGAUGCCUUACUUAAUGUGUUUUCACAACAUGGGUUAGGAAAAGAAAUGAUGGAAACAUUUGAUAAAAUGGUUCUUGAAGUAAAACCAAAUGCAAUGUCAUUCACCAGUCUUCUAUCUGGGUGCAGCCAUGCUGGUUUAGUGAAAGAAGGGCUGAAUCACUUCCAUUUCAUGGAGAAGAAAUAUGGAGUGGUACCUAGAGAAGAACAUUACAACUGUGUUAUCAAUUUACUUGGCCGGGCUGGAAGGCUUAAAGAGGCUGAAGACUUUAUAAAUAGUAUGCCGUUUGAGCCAAAUUCUUUUGGAUGGUGUUCUUUUCUUGGAGCUUGCAGGGUCCACGGUGAUGUCGAGAGGGGCAAACUUGCAGCUGAAAGACUGAUCAAGCUUGAACCUGAAAACAUCGGAGCUCUUGUUCUGCUUUCGAAUCUUUAUGCGAAGGAAGAAAAAUGGGAAGAAGUGAGGACUUUGAGAACAAUGAUGAAAGAAGGAAGCGUGAAGAAGUUACCUGGUUAUAGUUGGGUUGAUAUUAGAAACAAAACUCAUAUCUUUGGAUCCGAAGAUUGGUCUCAUCCUCAGAGGAAGGAAAUAUAUGAAAAGCUUGACCGUCUUCUUGAUCAGAUAAAGGAAGCUGGAUAUGUUCCUUGCACUGCUUCAGUCCCACUUGACAUAAAUGACAAUGAAAAGCUGCAGUUUCUUCACCAUCACAGUGAGAGAAUAGCUAUUGCAUUUGCUUUACUAAGUAUGCCAUCUGGUAAGCCAAUCAUAGUUAAGAAAAAUUUAAGGGUAUGCUUGGAUUGCCAUUCUGCAAUCAAGUUCAUCUCUAAGGUGACUCGGAGAAAGAUUAUUGUUAGGGAUAGUAGCAGAUUUCACCAUUUUGCAGAUGGGUCGUGCUCUUGUGGAGAUUACUGGUAACUGGUUAGAUUUUAUAGGGCCUGAGAUUCAAUGGCCGAACGUAUAGUUCAUAGAAGCUGGUCUGCCAUAAAUUUAUGCAACAAAUAAACUCUGUACAGUGUGACGCAAUAUAGUUUUUGCCAAUAACUAAUGAUAUCUUAUAGACGCAGAACAUUCAGGAUUAACCAUUAGAGGGAUUCCAUCCUUUUUUUCUUUUUUCGUCUUCUUGUAUCAUUUUUACCCCCAGUCCUCUUUGCUCAUGGGUGAUUUAAUUAUUGUUUUCUUUGGUAACUGGAAAAGGACGUGUUACAUUCUGUGUUUUCAAAUUUAU